GGUUGAUAACCUUAACGGAAUUCCCAUAACCAUCAAGAGCAAUGGCUGUCAGUGUGGAACCAGUCAGCCAAUUGAGUCCCCUCGAGUUCAGUGUCUGUCACGACGAAGCUGACUGUAUACUCAUGAGUGAAAAUGAAGCCGUGGUCUCUAAAAUCUCCCAAUACCUUUCUGGGAUGCAAACCACCUCCAACGGAACCGCUGUCAUUUUAGGACAACUUACCACUACAGAACUGUCUACAGUGGACGCGAGUGAAUUUUGUCCCUUUUCUAACCUGACUACUCUGAACGCACCUAGAAUAAACGCGAGCAGUUCUAGCUUCUUGGAGUAUUUACCAAAUCUUGUCCAUGUGAACCUGAGUUACAACGAAUUGACGGAAAUCAAUGGCAUACCGCAUUGUUCCUGCCUGGAAACGGUUGGCCUGGCACACAAUCAUUUGGAACGCUUGCCAGAUUUGUCCGCACUCAAGUUCCUCCGGAAAUUAGACCUGAAUCACAAUGAACUUACCUCCAUUGAAGGUAUUCGAGGCUGCGAACUGCUUCAGUGGCUUCAUUUGGGAAACAACCGGUUGACAGCUUCAGCUCUGAUGGGUCUGGACACGACCAAGCAGUUUUUUGGUUCUGUUGACUCUUUACGUACAUUCCAUCAAUCAUCCAUGAACUCUUCACCGCCAGGACGCUCGCUCAAUAUCAGACCUCCUUUGUUGAGUCUUACUUCACUCCGCGUGCUAAACCUGUCCGGGAAUUGCGACCUCUCCACGGCGAUUGCUUUUCGAAUGACUGAGCAAGAGCGAACUCAUCUCAAACAACUUGGGAACUCAAACUCACCUCAGAGCACACAAGACCACCCAAAUGUAAUCCAGGAUUCCGAAAACUACGGGAUCUUCCCUAUCUCUGUGACACACUUGUAUCUCAGUGGCUGCAGAAUAUCCGCUUUGUCUGGCCUAACAGCUCUGAAGCACCUGAAUGUGCUCAACCUGAAGGACAACGAAAUCGUGGACAAUUAUGAGCUAAAAAAACUUCACGGUCUACGCCUACUGCGUAAUUUGGAUAUGAGAAACAACCCUAUCUGGGGGGGGGGGGGGGGGGGGGGGGGGGGGGUUUUGAAUGGGGGGUUAAUUGGGGGGGGGGGUAUAUUUGGGGGGGUUUUAUAA